CAAAAACCCCACAAUCACAUUCUCAAUUGUCACUAUGUCCUCUAAGAAAAAGUAAAGUUAUUUAGUUUUUUUUUUUUUUUUGCCAAUUCUUUAACUUCAAACUCCUCCAAUUUUCAAUCUUUAUGUGUUCGAUAAUGGAUCGUCGUCAUCUGUCUUCCACCUUUGUUUUUCUCCUCUGCCUCUCUCUCUUCUCAGAAGUGAAUCCAGCUUCUUUCAAGAUCGUCAACAAGUGCCGCCACAAGAUAUGGCCGGGUCUUUUAUCCGGCGCCAACACGCCUCAACUUCCCACAACCGGCUUCCUCCUUAACCCCGGCAAAUCAAGAACAAUAACAAUACCCAGGUCUUGGUCCGGUCGGGUCUGGGGUCGAGCCCUUUGCGGCCUCGCCUCCACCCGUACAUUCGUUUGUCUGAGCGGCGAUUGCGGCUCCGGUCAAAUUGAAUGUUCCGGGAGUGGCGCCAAGCCGCCGGCCACUCUCGCGGAAUUCACAUUAAACGGUGCCGGAGGACUAGACUUUUACGACGUCAGCUUAGUCGACGGCUACAAUCUGCCGAUGUUGAUCGUGGCCAAGGGAGGUAAAGGCGGGAAUUGUAGCGCCACGGGUUGCUUAUUGGACCUCAACGGCGCUUGUCCAUCGGAGUUGCGCGUGGCAAGUAGAGACGGUGGAGGCGUGGGGUGUAGGAGCGCGUGUGAAGCGUUCGGAGACCCCCAAUACUGCUGCAGCGGGGCGUUCGGAACUCCCGACGUUUGUCGGCCGUCCACAUACUCGUUGUUUUUCAAGCGUGCUUGCCCACGCUCUUAUAGCUAUGCGUACGACGAUACCACGAGCACGUACACGUGUGCCGGCGCUGAUUACGUCAUCAUUAUCUGUCCACCUCCUUAUACCAGCCAAAAGUUGUUCGGUGAACGGAAAGACGGAGCGAUGCUACCGCUUGUGAAUAAGAGUAUGAUAUACCUAUCAAGCGUGCAUGUGAAUAGGGCUUCAUUAUCAGGCAAGUAGUAGCUGAACCGAAGGGAGUAAUUCUCUGCCUCACGUCUGCCACGCGAAUAUUGUACACGGCUAUCUCACCGAGCUUGUUAUGUCGAUACUGAUACAGUAAGGGUUUCUAAUUUUUUUACUGUCGAACGAACAUGUUCAAGGUAUAUAGCAAGGCUUGAAUUCGAAG